AUGCAAGAAGUGAGACUCUUCGCAUGUCAGAGCAAGAUCAAGAUACGGUUGCUGAUGGUGGAAGCAUUAGCCUCGGUCCUUGUGCUGGAAUUCGGCCCCUUCGAUCGCAGUAAUACGACCUUGUGGCCGGCAAAUGCGGCGCUAUCGCUCAACACGGCAGAUAUGUUUAACAUCACCAGCGCUCCAGAACCCGCGCUUGGAGGCAGAACAUACGCGGUCCUCGCUGGCGCAGUACCUGGCGGUGGCACCACGGUCAAUGGCAUGGAGCUAGACCGGGCCUCCGCGGCCGACUACGACUCGUGGGAGCUUCUGGGAAACCCGGGAUGGGGAUGGCAGGGCAUGUUCCCCUACUUCAAGAAGGCAAGACACGAGCCUCACAUACCUGCAGCAGCUGAUCGAACCAUCGAGGCCAAGUAUAACUACACUUGGGACGAGUCAGCUUAUGGUAAUGGACCGCUGCAGGCCAGCUUCCCUGACUUUGAGUAUCCCGAUAACUAUCCCUUCUUCGAUGCCUUUGCUGAACUUGACGUUCCUUUCAUUCGAGAGCAUGCUGCCGGUCAAGCCGUGGGCUACUUUUGGACACCUGCCUCCCUGGACCCCAAGAAGAAAACCAGGUCUUCGUCGUUGAACGCCUACUAUGACCCUGUGUCAAGCCGUCCCAACUUAGAGCUGCUCGCGCGACAUCAAGUCACUGAGGUUUUGUUCAAGGAUACCUCGCUCGAGGCGGUGGGGGUCAAGGCUGUUGACCGGGCCACCGGCAGGGAGGUCCAGUUCAAAGCAAACAAAGAAGUGAUUUUGGCUGCCGGGGCUGUCCAUACACCUCAGAUCCUACAGCUCAGCGGCAUCGGCCCCAAGGAAGUCCUUCAAGCCAGUGGUGUCACUGUCAAACUUGAUUUUCCCGCCGUGGGAAGCAACUUCCAAGAUCAUCCCGUCGCCUAUCUGAACUGGAACGUGUCCAAUAGCUUUCCCUACCCUGGCAUUCUGAGUGUGAAUGCGACCUUCUACAACGAGUCUCUGGCCCUGUACCUCAACCACCUUACCGGACCCUUCACCAAAGCCCAAGCCAACAGUGUAGGCUUCCUCUCGUUGGAAACCCUCACAGACCAGGCGUCUUCUUUGCUUGCUGACCUGUCCGCCCAGGACGCUGCGAGUUACCUCCCUCCGGUGUACAACUCAAGCCAGGAGCUUCUUGCCGGCUUCACAGCACAACGCAAGAUUCUGGUCAACCAACUUGGCGCUGGUUCUGUUGGAGUGCUGGAACUUCCCUUCAACGGCGGAGGAUCCCUGCCUAAUGCACUGGAGAAACCUCUGUCGCGCGGCACAGUGUAUCUGAAUGCCAGCAAUCCUACAGGCGAGCCGGUCGUGACACAUUACGCAUUCCAAAAUCCUUUCGACAAAUCCCAGCUUCAUGCCAUGGUGCAAUUCACCCGUCGGCUUAUGUCCACCGAUGCGUUGGCGUCGCUGAACCCUGUCGAGACGCUCCCUGGCCCACAGUAUCAGACUCUCGAUGAGAUCUUCAACGCUCUCGCCUCCACCUCACUGGGCCCGACCUUCGCCCACCCCAGCGGUUCGUGUCCGAUGAUGCCACGAAAGUAUGGAGGCGUGGUAGCUCCCGAUCUCCUGGUGUAUGGCACUCGGAAAUUGAGCAUCAUCGACUCGUCGAUACUGCCGAUCAUUCCAGCUGCUCAUCUACAGGCGUCUCUUUAUGCGGUGGCCGAGAAGGCUGCAGAUGUGAUCAAGAAGCGGAACUGA